AUGCUAGUGAACCUUGUUUCUGCUUUCUUUUCUAGCAAUGAUACCGAAAUUUCCGAAUCUGCGAGACCCCAGUUCUGCCAUGGGGUUCAAGAAGAUGACAUAGAUCUUCAGCUUCGCUCCCUAUUGUACUGCUAUACAAGACUGAAUAUUGAAAAAUUAAGUCCAUUCUAUCCAGUGGACAGUAACCCACAAACUGGUGAACAAUUAGGCGAUGGAAGUGUGGUGCUUGACGAGGUUUAUAACCUGGAAAGAUUCAAAUCAAUGCUAAGAGAAGAUCCGCACAGAAUUCUUGUUGAUUGGUGUAAGAAUAAGGCAAGACUAAUGUGCAUUCUUUCUGGCAACCCUAUCAGAAGCCACACCCCAUUACCUAAAGAUUUUCCAUUCCUGGUCUUGAAGCCAGAUAGUUCUGAAGACGUUUAUGUCAAAAAGUUAGUGCUAGAAAGUAGGCUGUACCAAGAACAUGAUAUUCCACUUACAUGGAAAAUCCAAUGCCUCCAAGAUAUAAUAAAAAAACAGUAUAGUGUUCUCCCGACAAAAAGACAGGUUUUUAAUAAACAAGAUCGCUGGCAAAUCAUGAUCAAGUAUUUAUCGAAAUUAGCAGAACGAGUGCAGAUCGAGAGAGUAUACAAGGCAUACAGUACUCAAAACCUAUCAUCAAGAAGACUUUCUAAUACUAGCGACCCAGGUAAUGACACUUUACGCGUCUCCGAAAAACCACUGAGUACGCCUUCCACUCCGAACAGAGGAUUGCGAAGUAAACCAUCAAUGACUAUUUUAAGACUUGAUAAUAGUGUGAGAUCAAGAAUGUCGCCGUCGUUAACGGGAUCUCCCACUAGAAAUGCUCCAAACUCCCCUGCGCUUCAGUCAAGAAGCCCCUCACCGAAGAAACAGUCCAAUAGAAGCACAAAUGCAAAUCUGUUCUCAAUCACUCCUGAUCAUUCUGCAAAUAAUAGCCCAUUAUAUCAACAGUCUAGAUCAUGUGUUGUCAAAAGGUUGCAAAGAGAGAAACGUGCUAUUUUGGCUGAGACGGGAAAGACAUUUAUUGCAUUAUAA